AUGGAUGCAGCUCAAUUUGCCCAAUUAUUAGAAGCCUUCAAUAAGACUCAACGCGACUUGCUACAACAAUUAUAUGCAAGUUCUAACCUGCAAUCACAGCAACAACAGCAAAAUCAAAAUAUUUCAAAUAUUUGUCUUCGAGCACAAUUUAUACGUGGCCUUAAGGAUAAUACAAUUCGAGAGCAAUUACUUCAAUCCGAGGAAGCAGAAUUCGAAAAAAUUAUACAAAGAGCACUUUCCCUGGAAGCAUCAAAGAUAGAUAGCCGUGAAAUUAAUACAAAGCAGACCAUCUGUAGUGAUAUCAACAAAAUUCAAGCCGGUACCUCAAGUCGCCGUAGAAGUCGGUUAAAAAAUCGUUCUUCUUCAACGCAACGCAAUUCCAAAUCGAGAUUAGAUUAUAGGAAAUUGAUAAUUUGUGUUUACGUUGUGGUAGAGACAACCACAAAACAAAUGACUGCCGCACUAACAAACAUAACCUCAAAUGCAACUCGUGUGGAAAAAGAGGACAUCUCCAGCAUUUAUGGUAUCAACCAAAUAGUGGAUAUAUUUUCAAAUGAAUUCAAGGUAGAUGAUAUCGAUAAAUACUACGUCGAGGUAGAUAUAAAUGGACGCCGCCAAAAAUUUGAAGUCGACACUGGUGUUGGAUUUACACUAAUACCAAGAAAUGAAUACGAAAAACUGCAAGUAAAGAAAGCAUUGCAGCCUUCAAGAAUUGCUUUUCGUUCCUACACUAAAAAUAUAAUAAUUCCGGAUGGUAAGAUCAAUGUAAGAGUAAAAUGCAACAACUUAACAACAAAUGAGGAGUUAUAUGUCGUUCCGAGUGGUCAUGAUGCCCUCAUGGGUCGAGUAUGGAUUCGCCAUUUGAAGAUAAAUUUACAGCAAGUAGAUAAACAACACCUUCACAAUAUUAAUACAGUGGAGAUAUAUAAAUUAGAUUCAAUUUCUGAUAUAAUUAAUGAAUUUAACGAUGUAUUUACAGAGAAAAUAGGAUGUGUUAACAACUAUGAAGUUACUUUACAGCUACGCCAGGGUUCCAAACCGGUAUUCUAUAAGGAACGAGAAGUACCAUACGCUCUACGAGAACGUGUUGAAAAGGAACUAAAUGAAUUAGAAGCUGCCGGGAUUAUAUCAAAAUGUGAAAGAAGUGAUUGGGGAUCACCUCUCGUGAUUAUUCCAAAACCAGAUGGAGGAAUUCGACUAUGCGUCGAUUACAAACCAGGUGUUAAUCCACAACUUGUUUCUUCGAAUUAUCCUAUACGUCGUAUUGACGAGAUUUUAAAUAACCUUAAAGGGUCCAAAUAUUUUUGUCGACUAGACCUCUAUAAAGCGUACCUUCACCUACGAGUAAAUCCAGAAUCCAGUGAGAUACAAACAAUGUCAACACAUAAGGGGACCUACAGAGUCAACCGCCUUUCUUUUGGUAUAAAAACCGCACCAUCAGAAUUUAAUCGUAUUAUUGAACAAAUUUUAUCUGGCUUAGACAAAACCAUGUCAUAUUUCGAUGACAUUAUAAUACAUGGAUCUACAGAAGCCGAAUGUAAACGAAAUUUAAUAUUGUGCCUCAAGCGACUACAACAACACGUUUUACACUUGAAUAGAAGCAAAUGCUCAUUUUUUCAAACUCAAAUCGAAUAUCUUGGACAUAUUGUAAGAUAUAAUGAUGUCGAUGUCGAUGAUAAAAAUUCGACAUUUUAUUGGUCUUCAAAUUGUGAAGCAUCGUUUAUAAAACUUAAAAAUAUAAUCUCCAGUGACCAAGUACUUAUGCCAUUCGAUCCAGAACGUCCAGUUAUAGUAGCAUGUGAUGCCAGUCCUACAGGUAUAGCAGGUGUACUUUAA